AUGUCUGCCAAUAGAUUUGACGACUUGUUGCAUCGUAUUCGACCACAUAUCAACCACGCAGCGACCCACAGUAGCCCUGUGAAGCUGGAAGAAAGACUUGCUGUCACGCUUCGUGUGCUUGCAUCAGGAAACAGCCAGCAAAGCGUGGCACAGAGCUACAGGCUAGGAUCCACUACAGUCUCCCUCAUUGUCCCUGAAGUCUGUGAGGCCCUUUGGUCAGCGUUGUGCAGUGAUUUCGUCUCAUUACCUGACAAAAACAAGUGGGCAGACAUCUCCCAGGAAUUCUGGCGUGUUUGGAAUUUUCCAAAUUGUUUGGGUGGCGUGGAUGGAAAACACGUGAUCAUAAAAGCACCACCAAAUGCAGGGAGUGAUUUUUUCAACUACAAAGGAACUCAUUCCCUCGUGCUCAUGGCUGUGUGUGAUGCUAACUACAGAUUUAGCAUGGUGGACAUAGGGGCAUAUGGGCGAGAGAGUGAUGGUGGAGUUUUUCAGGAGUGCAUGUUCGGGAGCAGGCUGCUCCAUGGAACCCUGGACCUACCACCCCCAGCCAACCUGCCUGGUUCCACAACUACUGUUCCACACGUGCUCCUAGGUGAUGCGGCCUUCCCUCUCCACCAAAACCUGAUGCAGCCUUUCCCAGGAACAAACCUUGAUGACACACAGCGGAUUUACAACUACAGGGUGUCCGCGGGGAGGGUGUUGGAGAACAGCUUUGGCAUCCUGGCAGCCCAAUGGCGGAUCCUGAGACGACCAAUCGACUUCCACCCUGACAAAACUGUUAAAGUUGUGAAGGCCUGUGUGGCUUUACACAAUUACCUGAGCAGCACUGAUGCGGCCAGCACCCCAGCCACCCGCUACAUCCCACCCAGGUUCUCCGACUCUUUCUCAUCUGCAGGUGAUGUGGUGGAUGGGGAAUGGAGAAGAGUAGUUGCCGGUGACAGCAACCUGUUGGAUGCUGGACAGCUCAGCAAGGACUUGUACCUUGGCAGGAAAGUGUGCUAA